AUGACUUCCAAAGCAGAGCGCUUUGCCACAUUGCUAGGCACUUCGCCUGACACCCUCGGGUCUGCCAUCGGCGCAGCACACAAGCACAACUUCUGUGACACUUCGCCCUUGGGCAUGAAAUUCGUGCCUAUCAACGCCGUAUUGAAGUUUCCCUACAAGUUCAUGAAGAAAUCACAAGGCGAGCCUGUUUCCAUCCAAUUCUUUGCUGGUGGUAAAUUCUGGGAUCGCGACUGGGACUUGUGGUACAUCUACUCACCUUUCUACCAUUCGGAGAGACCCAUCAUCUUUGUUCCUCUGGAGCAAUUCAACCAGCUUCUCAAGGAGAUUGACGGCGCUUUCCCUAGCUACCUCGUUCGCAUGCCCAACAAUGCCGAAGGUAGCCUGGUCUUUCCCUUCGAGUACAGUGACCACAAGCUGCUCAGACCUCACUUCCUAGGCCAAUCUUCAAGUAAGGAUGACUUUGAGCGUCUCAACAGCUCUGUUCCUCACUUCGGCGCUCUCAAGGCCGGCGAAACCGAACCAGAGCACCUCUCCUACUUCAGACGCGACAUGGAGGCCGCUGUGGAUGCAGGCAAGAACAAAGGCAAGAGCAAGGCGGGAAAGGAAGCAAAGCAGGAAGCUCGUGUCAUCCAACAGCAUAACAUGUACCGUCAGGUCGAACGCACUCAAGUCUCACUCGGUCUUUCCCUUCCUUCGGAGGCCAUUCCUGACUCUGAUGUCAUCUACAUUGCUGUAGAUGUCGAGUCGUACGAGAAGAACCACAAUAUCAUCACCGAGAUCGGUUUUGCUACACUGGACACUCGUGACCUGAAGGGUCUGUCUCAUGGCGAAGCUGGCAAGGACUGGCACAAAUUCAUUCGUGCCCGUCACUUCCGUGUCAGCGAGUACAAGCACUACACCAACUCCGAGUUUGUUCGUGGUUGCCCCGACAAGUUCGAAUUCGGCGACAGCGAGUUCGUCGACCUCAAGGACGUCCCUCGCGCAAUCGCUUCUUGUUUUAAGCACCCUUACAGCGCACAGGACACCAACGAGGAAGAAGAGGAGAGGCGUAACAUCAUCUUCGUCGGCCACGAUACCAAGCAGGACAUUGCGUACCUUCGCAAGCUCGGCUACGAUCCCAGCAACUUGGCGAACCUGCAGGCCACUCAGGACACUGCUCUGAUGUGGCGCGCAUUGACUGGUGAGCCUAACGCUCGUGGCCUUUCUCACAUCAUGUAUGCACUCGAUCUUGAGUCUUGGAACACUCACAACGCUGGCAAUGAUGCAGUAUACACCGUGCAUGCCAUGAUCGGCUGCUGCAUCAAGGGCUUGAAGGACAAGGCUGCAAAGAAGAAUGAAGAUGAUGAGGGCGGCGUGGGUCUGCUGCCUGAAAAGAAGACAAACAUCGAGAAGGAGAUCAAGAAGAUCACCAAGAAGUUUGUGGAGUGGGAUAUGUAG